AUGGACAUAAUUUGUUACCUGCUAGUUGUAAUUGUGUUGAACAGUCAAUCUUCAGAGAGUUAUGCCCAAUGUUUACACGGAUGCAGCUGUUUAGAUGAUCGUCAUGGAAGAUCACUCAUAUGUAUGGAGGAAAGCGCUUUUGGAGCCAUACCAGAGAACCUUCCACAUGAUAUGACCAAGAUACGAAUAGAAAAGUCUCAUUUCACUGAAAUUCCCAAAGGAGCUUUCAAAAAAACAUCCUCUUUGGAGAAUUUGUGGUUGAACUUCAACGAUAUAACAGUAAUAAACUCAAAAGGUUUGGAGGGUUUGAGAAACUUGACAGAGCUCCGAUUGCAAGGAAACAAGCUGCGUUCAGUACCAUGGACAGCGUUCGAGGACACACCGGCCCUCAAGAUCCUGGACCUAAAACACAACCAGCUGGACGUCCUACCGGAACAUGCCUUAAAAUUUUUGCCAGGUCUGACAUACUUAGAUUUAUCCUUCAACCGGCUUACGGUCAUAUCGAAGGAGGUCUUCCAAAACUGGCCUUUCUACCAAAAGCUACAGAGCACGGAGGAGCGGGAGGCGACUGUGUCCGAGGCGAACGUCGUGCUAGCGCUACACGACAACGCCUGGCUCUGCGAUUGCCGCCUGAAGGGCUUCGUGGAGUUCAUAAUGUCAUUAAGCCCCCCGAUCAUUCUGAUGAACUCUUACUUGACCUGCUCAGGGCCGGACUUUAGGGCUGGAAAGUUCUUCCACGAGAUAGAACUACAGGCGUGUGUGAAGCCCGUCGUCAGCACCCCGUCAGCAAACAUGAGCCUGCCGCAGGGUUCAAACCUCACCCUGCGCUGCGUCGCCAAAGCAAGGCCAGACCCUGACGUGUGGUGGACAUAUGGUCUGAAGAUAAUCAGAGGAUUUCGUGAAUCUCAAGAAAGAGUUGCCGAGGAUACUAUCAGAUCCCUCCUGGUGAUCCCCUCUCUCCAUGUAGCUGAUCGUGGUGUCUACACCUGCACUGCAGUCAACUUCAUAGGAAACUCCUCAGUCAGUAUCUUCCUAGAAGUCCACUCUCCUGACAGCUCCCAGUCACCCCACCUCCCACGCUUUCCAGCUGGAUUGGGUGCUGGUGAUGAAAAUGUCUUCAUUGACAUCCGCAUUGCCAAACAGACAGUGCGUGGUAUCUCUAUUGAGUGGUUCGCUGCCCUAGACCAUCCCUCUGAAUCAUGGUUCACCAUUCACUUUGGUCAAGCAAAUGCUGAAAAAAAAGAAACAAUCUACAUCGGACCUGGGAUUAACUCUUACUCCAUUUCUGAUUUAAUGCCUGCUACCAAAUAUGAAAUUUGCGUGACCCUCAAGAACCAGACACCACGCCCAGGCCAGUGCAUCGUGUUUGUGACAGGAAGUGACAUUACUGAGAUGGAGCAGAGGGAAAAGCUUAUUCAUAUAGUGGUCAUAGUUUUAGCCAUGGUGCUAGCAGUUCCCAUAGGUAUGUAUGCCUGCACCACUGACACUAGAUGUACCUGUCUGGAAGUUAUCAUGAAGUCCUGGAAGAACCGACAAAGAGAAAGCAGCUCAUCAGGAGGGGAGCAUGAGAGGCAGGGCACCUUUGACAGUCUGCAGGCCGCCAGCGAUGAAGGUCUGGUCAAUAAAGAUUCCAGUGAAGACAGGAAGGUGAGGAGGAGGUCAGAUGACAGACUGUAUAAGAACAAAACUGAUAACAGACUCACAGCUGAACUAUAUUGA